AUGGUAUUACCCGCAAGCACCAAACCGUCAUCCAAAUAUGGCGGGCGAAGAAAGCCCACAGAGACGAUGAGGACAAAAGGCAUUCUGAGCCAACUACCGGCUGUGUCAUCUCACAGAACCAGGCCAGCCCAAUCCACAACAGCACACGCGUUACCCCGUACACGGUCAAUAAAUCCAAAAGUAUUGACGGUGUGUGCAGUUGCCGUCUUCUGCUUCUCAGCAUACGGAAGCUAUCUCUACGUAACCUACGACAAGUCAGUGAAAACUUCCAAAACUCUCUCCGUCCCUAACGACGUCUCGGAUCGAUUCCACAAAACGGCUCCAACAUAUGAUGCGGAAGUGGAGAUGGCGGAGAAGAUGAUGGGCCUAGGCAAAAAGCGCAUGGAGCUAGUCCAAAGAGCCCGUGGUAAUGUUCUAGAAGUCGCCUGCGGGACAGGGCGGAAUAUGGAAUACUAUUCCCUUGGGGAGAAACGGGGAGUAGAUAAGAGUGGAAAGGCGGAGAUCCAGGGGUGCAGAUCCGUCACAUUUGUCGACCAAAGCCCUCAAAUGGUGCAAAUCGCCAAAGAGAAAUUUGAAAAGAUGUAUCCGCAUUUCAAGCUGGUUGCAUUCCGAACGCAGGAUGCUAUGGAUCCCAUUCCACCUCCAUCACAUACUGCCACCUCAGCCCUUGAAACUACCCCCGGGCAACCUUACCAAUUCGACACCGUAAUCCAAACAAUGGGUCUCUGCUCGCAUCCCGAUCCCGUGUCAUACCUCAUCCAUCUUGGUACCCUGGUCAAGCCUGAGCGUGGGGAAAUUCUGCUGCUGGAACAUGGCCGCUCACAUUACCAGUGGGUCAACAAAUUGCUGGAUGACCUUGCGCCUGCCCAUGCGGAUCGACAUGGAUGCUGGUGGAAUCGGGAUAUAGGGGAGGUUGUGCGGCGUAGUGGACUGGAGAUUGUGGAGUCAAAGCGGUGGCAUUUGGGGACGACGUGGAAGUUUGUGUUGAGGUCGAAGAAAGGGGGUCAGAAUGGCUCAGGGGCAGCAGGGGAAGAGGGGGAGGAAGGGUUGAUUGAUGGGAAGAAGGAAAGCGGGAGGAGAUGGCUGGGUUGGGGAGCCAAGGAGCCAUGA